GGUUCCCGGGCAGCAUUGGUGAGUUACAAUCAGUUCGAUCCUUUGCAGGUUCUGCUUUGGGCUGAGAGCUAGGCUAGCCUCUGUUUCUUAAAUGCUAGACGAGGGAAAAGGAUCCCUUUAAAGCAGUAUGUUUCUAGGAAGGGCUGCCGGGAAACAACUUCUGACCCCGGGGGGCUGGGAGAUAGAUUCUUGCAUUUAACGUUUCUGAACCACUCACUUGGCCCCUGAAGUUUAUCACCUAUCUAUCCUGGGUAGCAUGUUGUGGUGGAAAUAGCGCUAGGUAUACUUGGGUCUCUAAAUGCCUCUGCCAGUUACCAGGAGAUGGUAUAGUGUCGAGGAGUGUCCACUCUGGAGUCAAACUGCCUGUGUUCAAAUGCCAGCUUAUCCUUACUGGCUGUGUGAUUGGACUAGUUAAGUGACUGUCUCUGUUUUUCCUGUGAAAGGGGGAUAGUCGUAGAAUCUGCCUGCUGACGAAUGCUGGUGGCACCGUGACUUAAGUGUGGAAAGUUGAGGCUGACUACUCCAGUAAAAAUGUACAGCCAUCAAAACCCUGUGAGGCAGUGUCUCUACUCCGGGUCACAAUGAGUUGUCGUCGGCUCCGUGGGAGUGAGUGUUUUUUGGGAGGGUACUGACAACCUAAGGAGCUCUUGUGAUCAGUGCCUAAAGAGCUUGACCAGUAACUAAAAGGCUGGAGAUUCGAGCCCAGCCACUGCUUAGAAGAUGUGGUAGUCUGGUCUAUAAAGAUGUAUAGCCUUGGGAGCCCUAUGGGGCAGUGCUACCCCGUCCUAUGGGGUCCCUGAGUCUGAAUUGACUGGAUAGCAAUGGAUUAUUGGCAGCAUGUUUGUAAAGUUGAAGUAAGUCAGAUUAGAUGAACCUUAAGAAGUAAGUACACACGUAAAAUACUCAGGACAGGAUCUGGUCUAUAGUAAGAAUUCAGCAAGUUAGUUCUUGGUAAGUAUCCUACCCUGCACUUAGAACACUAAGUUCUGUGAACUCUGAAUGUGAUCACCAGUAUGACUAGCUUCGUGGCCUUGCCCAAGUUGCUUAUCCUUGUCGGUAAAGGGGAGCUGGAAGAUGUGCUUUGGCUGCCCUCAGGGCUACUGCGUCCACCUUGGGUUUGUAGCUCGGAGUGUGUGAGAAAAGAGUCCGGAAGCGUGCAGGAUUUCGGAUGUUAUGGGCUGAUGCCAAAAAGGCUAGAAGAAUAAAGGCCAGUAUGUGGAAUCACAAUAUGAAGUUUCAUCAACUUCCAUACCGGGAUAUGGAGCAUUUGAGACAGUUCCGCCGAGAUGUCGCCAAGUGCCUUUUCAUAGGAAUCAUUUCCAUCCCGCCCUUUGCCAACUACCUAGUCUUCUUGCUAAUGUACUUUUUCCCUAGGCAGCUCCUGGUCCGGCACUUUUGGACCCCGAAGCAACAAGCUGACUUCUUAGAGAUGUAUCAUGCUCUCCAGAAGCGGUCCCACCCAGAGAUCCUGACUUACUUAGAAAGGAGCAUCCCUGCUGUUUCUGACACCACACUCCGGUGGCAUCUGACCGAGCUGUGCAGCAAGAUAGAGCUGGGUACCCACCCAGCGGUAAACGACAUCCUGGCUCUGAGAAAGUGUUUCUCUAGCCAGCCCCUCGGCAUGAACCAUCUCCAGGCCUUGCAGUUGAAAGCCCUGAGCCGGGCCGUUCUUCUUACACCCUACUUGCCAGCCUUCCUGUUAAGACACCGUUUGAAGACUCACACCACCGUGAUUCAUCAACUGGACCAGGCUUUAGCCAAGCUGGGGGUCGGCAGAUUGAGUGACCAAGAAGUGAAAUCAGCUUGUUACCUCCGAGGCCUGAAUUCUAGCCGUGUUGCUGACGAAAGGUGUCGAGCUUGGCUGGGAGAAUGGCUACAGAUUUCCUGCAGCUUGAAAGAAGCUGAGCUGUCCCUCUUGCUGCACAACGUGGUCCUGUUCUCCACCAACUACACUGGGACGAGGCACUGAGUGCACCGUGGAGUGGCCGGCACUGCCCUGCAGUCACAGCACGUGGCGACGUGGGACCAAACAGCACCCGGCAGCAGUCUGUACGC